AUGCUGCGCAUCCUGCAGUCCGUGGGGCGCCAUGUCGGCGGCCCUGAAAGCAGCCGAAGGUUGUGGAGCAGAGCUGUGGAGGCAGCCAGUCGUAAUUCUACAGAUGGACUGGACAGGAUUGAGCUCAGGGGACUGACAUUCUUUGGCUAUCAUGGUGUCCUGCCCGAGGAGCAAAAACUGGGACAGCGGUUCAUAGUGGAUGCCACAUUGUUCUGUGAUCUUUCUGCUGCUGCUGAGCAUGACAGCAUUGACCGCACAGUGGACUACUCCAAGGCACACAGGCAGAUCGCCAGCAUCGUAGAGGGUGAACCAGUGAAGCUGAUUGAGUCACUUGCAGACAGGAUCGCAUCAGCCCUUCUAUCAACCCAAAAUGAAUUGGCAGCUGUUGAAAUCAGAGUUAUCAAGCCUCAGGUUCCCAUUGCUGGUACUCUGGACUCAGUAGGUAUGCUUGGCGCAGAUUGA